GCAACUCUCUUCAUUCUCUCUCUCUCUCUCUCUCUCUCUCUCUCUCUCUCUCAUUCUCAGCAUCUUUUUGGAUUUGAAGGGACGUACGUUCCUGAGAAGAAGAAGAAGAAGAAUCAGAAAGAAGAUUUCAAGCAAUCAUAUGGUGUUCCACCUUUUGCUUUCUCUUUCUUAAAAAGAAGGUGAUUAGAGAAAUCAGGUCCAUGUGCGCAUUGUAAUUCUUGGAAAAGAAAAGAAGAAGAGCAAUGCUAGGCGGGCUGUAUGGUGACCUCCCACCGCCUUCAUCUGCACCACCUGCUGAUGAAGAGAGAAGCACCAAUUCUGCGGUGUGGUCAAGUAGCACAAAAAUGGCACCGCCCACACUUCGUAAGCCAUCAUCUGUCUUCGCUCCACCACAGUCAGUUUUGAAAAGCCAACAGUCGCAAAACAAACCCAAGACCACAGUUCCACCGCAGACAAAAGUGCUAAGUUCUGCUCUGCCGUCAACGUUGCACGAUGAUGGGGUGCGAAGCCCAUCGUUCCAACCUGCACUCGUUGGAGUCACGUCAACUGUGGUUGAGGAGUACGACCCUGCGAGGCCUAACGACUAUGAAGAGUACAGGAGGGAGAGGAAGAGGCGGGCAGUGGAGGCUGAGAUGAAGAGAGAGCUUGAGAGGCGGCGACAAGAAGAGGAGGAGAGAGAGAGGGAACGGGAACAGAGGGAACGAGAGGUGGCAGAGAGGGAAAAGGAGCGGGAUCACAGUGAGUCAAGGUCAUCAGCCCUGAAUAUUUCCGGUGAAGAAGCAUGGAAACGGCGGGCUGCAAUGAGUGGGAAUUUGGGAGGAGCAGCACCAAGGUCACCAUCUCCACCACCUCUUGGAGAUGGCUUUACUAUUGGGAAGUCGGGUUCAGUUGGGCUUGGUGUUGGUGCAGGUGGUCAGAUGACCGCCGCACAGCGAAUGAUGGCAAAGAUGGGUUGGAAGGAAGGGCAGGGGCUUGGGAAGCAGGAGCAGGGGAUAACUACUCCUUUGAUGGCAAAGAAGACAGAUAGACGGGCUGGAGUGAUUGUGAAUGCUAGUGAAUCCAGAUCAGAGAAGAAGCCGAAGAGUGUGAACUUGAAUGGCCCACCUACUCGUGUUCUGCUGCUCCGAAACAUGGUGGGACCGGGAGAGGUGGAUGAUGAGCUGGAAGAUGAGGUUGCGUCCGAGUGUGCCAAGUAUGGGACGGUGACACGGGUCCUGAUAUUCGAGAUCACGGAGCCAGACUUCCCGGUAGACGAGGCGGUCAGGAUCUUUGUGCAAUUUGAGAGGUCCGAGGAGACGACGAAGGCACUGAUCGAUCUCGACGGCCGGUUCUUUGGUGGGAGGGUGGUGCGGGCCUCAUUCUACGACGAGGAGAGGUUCGGAAGGAACGAGCUGGCUCCGGGGCCGGGCGAAAUUCCAGGCUACACUUGAAAGUAAGGAAUAUAUAACUGAAAUGGGAGGGAAGAUAGGGAAAUGGUCAUUGGUUUUGGAGUUUCUGUUGUAUUAGAAGUUGUCAAUUGGGUGCUAAGCUUUUAUUAUGAGAAACUCUCCAGUGACAUUCUCCUUGCACGUGCCAUACAUGUAUGAGAUGUGGACUGUGAUGUUGAUGGGC